ACGGACAGAUAGAGACAGACGGAGAAAGAGAGAGUUGGUCUCCUUUACGCACAUCACACACACACACACACACACUGCGUCCUGACGCGUCCAGAACCAGAGGUCUACCAGAGGAGUUCCUGACGGUUCUGUGUCUAAAUGUUUAACUGGGUCUCGGGUCUCCCGGUCUGUUUCUCCGUGGCUCCGCGGCUCGGUGCGUCCUCUCGCUCUGCUCGGUGCUAAAUGCUGCUGCGCUGCGUCCUGGACCUCACCGCGGGUUUGGAGCACGUGUUUGUGUCCCGGUAGCCGUUUGUCUCUCGGUGCAUCGCUGAGUCUUCUGGCGGGUUUUUAUCGUCUCUCCGGGACAUGUCGGGACAGAAACCGUCCUUGAGGAGCGGCGGCUCCGCUCAGAGCCGCUUCCAGGUGGAUGUGGUGACAGAAUCCGCCGCGCCAUCUCCGAGCCCUGCCCCUGCCCCCGAGGACUCCAAAGGUCGGUUCAGGGUGGUGGGGUUCACGGAUUCGGGCGCGCUGGGCAGCGCGAUGGACAUCGGGCUCCCGCCUGACGUCUUCCACGAGCCGGACACGACGAAGAGCGACUCGGUCAGCCUCCACUCCACAGGCACGGGACAGACGCACAUCUCCGACUCCCACUCCAACACCUACUACAUGAGGACCUUCGGACACAACACCAUAGACGCCGUGCCCAACAUCGAGUUCUACCGGCAGACCGCCGCGCCUUUCGGGGAGAAGCUGACCAGACCGUCGCUGUCGGAGCUGCACGAUGAACUCGACAAAGAGCCGUUUGAGGACGGUCUGGCCAAUGGAGAGGAGCCGUCAGCAGCUGAGGAGGCGGCGGCGUUGGCGGCGAAGGAGGCGAAAGGAGGAACUGUCAAGUUUGGUUGGGUGAAAGGAGUCUUGAUCCGCUGUAUGCUGAAUAUCUGGGGUGUGAUGCUCUUCAUCAGAAUGUCCUGGAUUGUCGGACAGGCUGGAAUUGGGCUGACCAUUGCGAUCAUUCUGAUGGCCACACUGGUUACCACCAUCACUGGUCUGUCUACCUCUGCUAUAGCAACCAAUGGCUUCGUACGAGGAGGAGGGGCGUACUACCUGAUCUCCAGGAGUCUGGGGCCAGAGUUUGGAGGCUCCAUCGGGCUGAUCUUCGCCUUCGCCAACGCCGUGGCUGUGGCCAUGUACGUCGUAGGCUUCGCUGAGACAGUGGUUGAGAUGCUUAAUGAUGUUGACGCUCUGAUGACUGAUGAACUAAACGACAUCCGUAUCGUUGGGACUCUGACCGUCAUCCUGCUGCUGGGAAUCUCCGUGGCUGGGAUGGAGUGGGAAGCCAAGGCUCAGAUCGUCCUCCUGGUCAUCCUGCUGGGAGCCAUCGCCAACUACUUCAUAGGAACUUUCAUGCCAACAGAAAGCAAAGAGCCCAAAGGAUUCUUUGGCUAUCACGCGGCCAUCUUCUUAGAGAACCUGGGUCCAGACUUCAGAGAAGAGGAGACCUUCUUCUCUGUGUUCGCCAUCUUCUUCCCAGCAGCCACUGGGAUCCUGGCUGGAGCCAACAUCUCUGGAGACCUCACUGACCCUCAGUCAGCGAUCCCUAAAGGAACCCUGCUGGCCAUCCUCAUCACAGGAAUCACCUAUGUGGCUGUGGCCAUCUCUACAGGAUCCUGCAUCGUCAGAGAUGCGACCGGCGACCACAACGACACGGUGAGCGACACGGUGAACUGCACCGACGCCGCCUGCACGCUGGGCUACGACUUCUCCAUCUGCAAGGAGGGAGGCUGUCAGUACGGCCUGAUGAACGACUUCCAGGUGAUGAGUCUGGUGUCGGGCUUCGGUCCUCUGAUCACCGCAGGGAUUUUUUCAGCCACUCUGUCCUCAGCUUUGGCCUCGUUGGUCAGCGCACCCAAAGUCUUCCAGGCUCUGUGUAAGGACAACAUCUAUCCAGGACUGGGUGUUUUUGCAAAGGGUUAUGGGAAGAACAACGAGCCUCUCCGUGGUUAUGUCCUGACCUUCUGCAUUGGCCUCGCCUUCAUCCUCAUCGCGGAGUUGAACAUCAUCGCUCCCAUCAUCUCCAACUUCUUCCUGGCCUCCUACGCUCUCAUCAACUUCUCCGUCUUCCACGCCUCCCUGGCCAACUCUCCAGGGUGGCGCCCCAGCUUCAAAUACUACAACAUGUGGGUGUCUCUUGCGGGGGCGAUCCUGUGCUGUGUGGUGAUGUUUGUCAUUAACUGGUGGGCGGCUCUGGUCACUCUGCUCAUCGUCCUCGCUCUCUACAUCUACGUCAGCUACAAGAAACCAGACGUGAACUGGGGUUCAUCCACUCAGGCUCUGAUCUACAACCAGGCUCUGACUCACUGUCUGAACCUGACCGGAGUCGAGGACCACGUUAAAAACUUCAGGCCGCAGUGUUUGGUGCUGACUGGUUAUCCAAACUCUCGUCCUGCUCUGCUUCAACUGGUUCACUCCUUCACCAAGAACGUUGGUCUGAUGGUCUGUGGUCACGUCAAGACUGUUUCCCGUCGGACCAACUUUAAGGAGCUGGCCCAGGAUCACGCUCGGUGUCAGCGAUGGCUCAACGAAAAACGCAUCAAGGCCUUUUACACUCCUGUCUACUCCGACAAUCUGAGGCACGGGGCGCAGUUCCUCCUGCAGGCUGUGGGUUUGGGUCGUCUGAAGCCCAACACGUUGGUCAUGGGUUUCAAGAACAACUGGAGCGAUGGAGACAUGAGAGACGUGGAGAUUUACAUCAACACCAUACAUGACGCCUUCGACCUGCAGUUUGGAGUGGUGAUCCUCCGACUGCAGGAGGGACUGGACAUCUCUCACAUCCAGGGACAAGACGAGCUGCUGUCGUCCCACGAGAAGCCACCAGUGGGCAGUAAGGAGGUGGUGAUUUCUGUCAGUUUGGCCAAAGACUUGGACUCGGACUCCUGUCCCUCAAAGACCACCAGCAACCAGAGCAGCCCGCUCAUCAUGAGAGGUAAUCAGUACAACACACAGCUGAGCAGCUUCUCAUAUCAAAGUGUUAACAUGUACCUGUAUGUGUUGUCUCCUGCUCCAGAGACCAAGUCUCCUCUGAGUCUGACGGACCAGCGUCUGUUGGAGUCCAGCCAGCAGUUUAAGAAGAAACAGGGCAAAGGAACCAUAGAUGUCUGGUGGCUGUUUGAUGAUGGAGGUCUGACUCUGCUGAUCCCCUACCUGCUGACCAACAGGAGUAAGUGGGGCGACUGCAGGAUCCGAGUCUUCAUCGGUGGAAAGAUCAACCGCAUCGACCACGACCGCCGAGUGAUGGCCACGCUGCUCAGCAGGUUCAGGAUCGACUUCUCUGAUAUCAACGUCCUCGGAGACAUCAACACCAAACCCAAGAAACACAAUAAGCUGACCUUUAAGGAGCUGAUCGAGCCGUACAGGCUGAAGGAGGACGACAUGGAGCAGGAAGCCGCAGAGAGGCUGAAGGCCCAGGAGCCGUGGAGGAUCACCGACAACGAGCUGGAGCUCUACAAGGCCAAGACCAACCGUCAGAUCAGGCUGAACGAGCUGCUGAAGGAGCACUCCAGCACCGCCAAGCUCAUCGUCAUGAGCAUGCCUUUGGCCAGGAAGGGCACAGUGUCGAGUGCUCUCUACAUGUGCUGGAUGGAAACUCUGUCCAAAGACCUCCCACCUCUGCUGCUGGUCCGAGGAAACCACCAGAGUGUCCUCACCUUUUACUCCUAACACACACACACACACACACACACACACACACACAGGUGUACAGCGUCAACACACAAAUGCAUGGUGUGUGUUGAAAAAGUUCAAGUCUAACUCUGUGUUUCCAUUGAUUCACACAUUAAUCAGCUCAGUCAGUCUCUCUCUAACAGUAACAGGCUGUAUGUUUAUAUUCUCCACCUUCUGUGUGUUUUACAUGAACGUGAGUAACCACAGUGAAUAUUAACGGAUUCUGUUCAGUUUAUUUAUAAUGAUGAAAAUCAGGAUUUCAGAGUGUGUGUUUUAUUCAUGUGAUUAUGAAGCAGUUAAUUGUGUAUCUGUGAUAACAUUAUUUUGUACAUUAUUUUAUUAAAAUAUUAACUGAAC